CCGGAAGUGAACGUCAUUGACACAGGAAUGGGCCAAAAUGAGCAGCACCAGAGCAGGAUGACAACCAGUUCUUGAGCGAAAAAAUGUCGUUGUGUGUUUUAUUUGUGCUGGUGGGAUGAUUUGUGUCUUCAGAGGUCGUUUCGAGGCAUUGCAGAGGGUGUUGUGUUGCUAAAUGGAGUCUGAGCAGUUGUUCAACAGAGGCUACGGCAGGAACAGCUACAACAGCAUCACCAGCGCCAGCAGCGACGAAGAGCUGCUCGAUGGUGCCGGCGUCAUCAUGGACUUCCACACCACCGAGGACGACAACCUGCUCGACGGGGACGCGUCCCCAGGGUCAAACUACGCCAUGUCUAAUGGAGGGGGUGGAGGAGGGGCCAGUAGCUCCACCCACCUGCUGGACCUGCUGGAAGAGCCCAUUCCAGGUGUGGGCACCUACGACGACUUCCACACCAUCGACUGGGUCAGGGAGAAGUGCAAAGACAGAGAGCGCCACCGCAAGAUAAACAGUAAAAAGAAGGAAUCAGCAUGGGAAUUCACCAAGAGUCUGUACGACGCCUGGUCAGGAUGGCUGGUGGUCACACUAACAGGACUUGCGUCAGGAGCGUUAGCUGGUGUGAUCGACAUCGCCGCCGACUGGAUGAACGAUCUAAAGGAAGGCGUGUGUCUCAGUGCCAUGUGGUUUAAUCAUGAGCAGUGCUGCUGGGGCUCCAACGAGACUACCUUCGCUGAGAGAGACAAGUGUCCUCAGUGGAAGACAUGGGCCGAACUUAUUCUGGGUCAGGCUGAGGGUCCUGGCUCCUAUAUCAUGAACUACUUCAUGUUCACAUUUUGGGCACUGUCCUUCGCCUUCCUGGCCGUGUCUCUGGUGAAGGUGUUUGCGCCGUACGCCUGUGGGUCUGGAAUACCUGAGAUUAAAACCAUCCUGAGCGGCUUUAUUAUCCGAGGGUACCUAGGAAAGUGGACCCUGAUGAUAAAGACCAUCACUCUGGUUCUGGCCGUGGCAUCGGGCCUCAGUCUCGGGAAGGAAGGUCCGCUGGUCCACGUGGCCUGUUGCUGUGGCAACAUUUUUUCCUACCUCUUCCCCAAAUACAGCAAAAACGAGGCCAAGAAACGAGAGGUUUUGUCCGCGGCGUCAGCUGCUGGUGUGUCUGUGGCGUUUGGGGCUCCAAUAGGAGGAGUUCUGUUCAGUCUGGAGGAGGUCAGUUACUACUUCCCUUUGAAGACGCUGUGGCGCUCGUUCUUCGCUGCUCUGGUGGCGGCGUUUGUGCUACGCUCCAUAAACCCAUUCGGGAACAGCCGGCUGGUGCUGUUCUACGUGGAGUACCACACGCCCUGGUACCUGUUCGAGCUCUUCCCCUUCAUCCUGCUGGGGGUGUUUGGUGGACUGUGGGGAGCCUUCUUCAUCCGGGCCAACAUCGCCUGGUGCCGCCGCCGCAAAUCCACACGCUUCGGGAAGUACCCGGUGUUGGAGGUGAUAACGGUGGCAGCCAUCACGGCCAUCGUAGCGUUCCCGAACCCAUAUACGCGGCAGAACACCAGCGAGCUGAUUAAGGAGCUGUUCACGGACUGUGGCCCACUGGAGUCCUCACAGCUCUGCCAGUACCGCAGCCAGAUGAACGGUAGUCAGGCGUAUCCGCAGGGAUCGGACGCCGCUGCCACCCCGGGCGUUUACUCUGCCAUGUGGCAGCUCAGCUUAGCGCUCAUCUUCAAAAUCAUCAUGACCAUCUUCACCUUCGGCCUGAAGGUGCCGUCUGGUCUGUUCAUCCCUAGUAUGGCCAUCGGUGCGAUCGCUGGGCGGAUCGUAGGCAUCGCUGUAGAGCAGCUGGCAUAUUAUCACCACGACUGGUUCCUGUUUAGAGAGUGGUGUGAAGUGGGCGCUGACUGCAUCACUCCGGGUCUUUACGCCAUGGUGGGCGCUGCAGCCUGUCUGGGUGGCGUGACCCGAAUGACGGUGUCUCUGGUGGUCAUCGUGUUUGAACUGACCGGCGGGCUGGAAUACAUCGUUCCUCUCAUGGCGGCAGUGAUGACCAGCAAAUGGGUGGGCGAUGCCUUUGGCAGAGAGGGAAUUUAUGAAGCCCAUAUCCGUCUGAAUGGAUACCCCUUCCUGGACGCUAAGGAAGAGUUCACGCACACCACGUUAGCACGGGAAGUGAUGCGUCCUCGGCGUAGUGACCCGCCGUUGGCCGUGUUGACGCAGGACGACAUGACUCUGGCCGAGCUGCAGGCCAUCAUCUCUGAAACGAGUUAUAACGGCUUCCCCGUCAUCGUCUCCAAAGAGUCACAGAGACUGGUGGGCUUUGCUCUGCGCAGGGAUAUAACGAUCGCCAUAGAAAACGCCCGCCGUAAGCAGGAGGGAAUAAUGCUGAACUCGCGGGUCUAUUUUACCCAGCAUGCCCCGACCCUCCCCGCAGACAGUCCGCGGCCACUGAAGCUCCGCAGCAUUUUGGACAUGAGCCCCUUCACCGUCACCGAUCACACGCCGAUGGAGAUCGUGGUGGACAUUUUCCGCAAGCUCGGCCUGCGCCAGUGCCUUGUGACACACAACGGGAUUGUAUUGGGCAUCAUCACAAAGAAGAAUAUUUUAGAACAUCUGGAAGAGCUCAAGCAGCACGUGGAGCCCUUGAUCGAUGACAUCUGACCCCUCGCGCAGCUCCGCCCCUACACGAUUGGCGCCUCCUUGGUAUUAUUACAAAAAAAGAUAUCCUCCGUCAUAUGGCCCAGAUGGCAAACCAAGACCCCGAGUCCAUAAUGUUCAACUAGCAUCCUCCUCUUCCCGAUACAAAGAAGAUGAGAGUGAAGAGGAGGUCCAUUUACUGGACAAUUCAUCCCUCUGACCACACGCCCCUAUGGUACCCUAAACCACCCCAGUAAAAACAAAAAAAAACUUUGCCAGAUGGGAUCCCAACCUGGUCACAACCUCUGGAUACUUGCACAAGACUCGAAAAGGAGACUUUCGAGGAAGAGCCUGGCUGCUUGAAAAACUUGAGAGUUUUGGGAAAAGCUCAAGUCUCGGAUGCCCCAAGUGGAGAAACUUUCUUCAAACGCUAACUCUCACACACGCAUGCAAAAACACCCACCUGCUGUCAACACACCUUAACUUCCGCCUUUGGGUCCUGCUUCUUUGACCUCUUAGCCUCCUGCCUGAGAAAAUGUCCAAAUGAGGUGAAAGGUCAAGAUGAACCGCUCGAAAUGCGAGGAGGGACCUUCACCGCAGACCACCGUGACCCCUCACUGCCCCACUAAACACCCCAAAAUGGACUCUAUAACAUUGUUUACUUGUUGCGUGUGUGGGAGAGAUCCGGGAAAGAGACGGCGAGUUAGAUCGUGUUUGAACGCACCCCAACAUUCCAAUCGGGAUCUGAUGCUGUGAAGCCGAAGAGAUGUUCAGUGUCCCAUACAUAUGGAUGCGUUGCCCGCGCAAGUGAAUUUUUAUGAGCGAUCUGUGAGGAUCAAGUAUUCAAAAUUGUGAGAUGAUCAAAAAUACAAACGUGGAUUUUGUGCUACCUAGCAAAAGGAUGUUGGAGGAGAACAGGGUGAAAAUUCUCUUCAUUCAUCGUCUUCAACCUCUUCAACACUACGACGGCCAGUCUAAAGUGCAAUGGGAUUGUGGGUAACUAGCUAACCAAGUUCUAUGAGUGCCCAUGCUUUAUGAAGUUUUGUGCUUUUGGUUCCUGGGAAUGAAAAACAAAGACACUUUUCUUUUACAGCUGCUAUCCUGGCUACUAUAUUUAAAUGUACUUUGCAACUCCUAAUAGUUUGAAAAUAAAAAUGUGACUUGACCAACUGUUUUUAAGUUUGCAAACAAGCAUAAAUGUUCAAACUGUGUUGGCUCCAGUGCAGUUAAAAAUCACAGUUCUCUGUAUGUUAUAGUCUCAACUGCUGUUCAUCCUUUCCUAACCAGUCAAAUGUUUGAAGGCUCUGAAAUUAAGCGACAAUAUCACAAAUUGUACAUCCGCAUUUGACGGCUAAGAACAGGCUAAAGGAUAAAUCUCACAAAGAAAUGCCCAUGUCCUAUUUGAUCCCCCCCAUCCCCCAACCCCAUAAAGACAAUAAAGCCUGUUUUGAGACCAUUAAGAUUUUGCAUUUGGACACAUUUUCAUGACAGCGAAGCAUAUUUUACCAACAAAUUGUCAUCACUGUAGUGCAAAAAAAGAAAAAAUCUUAUUACUGAAGUUAAAAUAACCAAACCAUCUCGACAAUGAUUUGAGCAUAAAUUGUGUAAAUAAAUUUGAAUAAAUGAAAAGCACCAUAAUGUAUACAAAAAACGAAUUGUCCAAAAAGCAGGCUUCGUUGUUAAAUUUUCUUCUUGUAAUUUUGGGAUGACAUUUCUUGACAGUUUUUUGUGAGAAUAUAAACAACACAUGAAUACAGGCUACUUAUAAACCAACUGAAAUGUUUUUGGAGAUACUGAACCAAUCAGAUUCAGCCAUGACUGCACAGUUUCUUAUUGGCACUGAAAAAGUGAUGUUGAAAUGUGACUGUUAGGAAUGAAGCUCUAGUUCAUUUGUGAUAACUGCUGUUGGCUCCUUCAGUUUGUUUGUUUUUCCUGGGAAAUACGUGGAACAGUUUUGCGCAAAUUUGACACUUGUGGUAAUCAUUGCUGUGUCCCGUUCUGUAUGUCAAACUACAUAUUCUAACCUACCAGUUGCAUUACAUCAUCUGUUUUCCUGAAAUUUAAUUUUAAAUUACAUAUUAGCAUGUCAUUUCUUUUUCCAAAACAAGGCCGAAGUGUUGUCUUUUUACAGAUUGGUGAAAUUAUGUCCUUUUGCUUUUAAUUUCAUGGUGACCGGCGUUAGAACUUUUCCCGCUUAUUAAUUAACAGUAAAUGAGCAGGUGUGGGCGGGGCCUCUGUUCUCAUUAGCCUUUGAUGUUCCUUCUGUUAAUCAAUGAAGAAAACAAUGUUGUUAUAUAUUGAUCUCAUUUUUUUUUAAUUUUUUUUUUUUAUUUAUACUAGUGCUAGAGUUGUACAAUAUGGAGAAUUUUACGUAUGAUUGAUGGUUUGAUUGUACAUUAAAAGAUUAAAUUGUUUUAAAUGAA